AAUUCCUGUCAAUCAUCAGGAAAAUACGACAUUAGUUAACCUUGGGGAUAGGCGAAUUAACAGGCUGACCCGACCCGACCAGACCCGCCCUCCCGACGCAACACCUUCCGCCUCCUUGAGUCGCCGUCCCCUUUAGCUCGACCCGCUCCGGCGAGACGGUUCCGACCGACGGCGAGGUGUACAGGGAGGCGGAUUCCGGCGGCCGGAAACGGCCCGCUCCAGAAAGGGCAGCACCCGGAGUCGCGCUUUGGACCAUCCGAGCUUGCAUUCUGAAUAUGCGAAAGACCUGUGGUUUUGAAUGCUGGAAAUCAGACCACUUCCGUUUUUAAAUGCACAAAUAUGUUAGGGAAUUCUUUGCUAGCUGAGGAAGAACUGGUGCUUGCAAGUAGAUGUGGUUUGUUCUCAUCAAGCAUGCAACAGUCUCACACAUCGACCUGUCCUACUAUCACAUAUGAAGAAGCUCUUAGAAGGGAACUGGAAUAUCGGCGAAGGUUGGAACGUACUCAUCCACAUCUGUUGAUUGCUCUUAAUGAAGCUCCUGCGCUAUCCAGAGAGACCUGUACAGAUUCAACACCUGAUGUGUUGAAGAGAAAGUUAGCUCCUGAGAGUAAUAUGCCUUCACCGCAGUCAAGCUUUAAUUUCACCGCCGCAAGAAGCCAGCCAGCAAAUUGGUACCCCCCAAAGAAAAAAGUAAUUGUUCGACAGCCUGCAUCACAGGCUAUGCAGGCUGUUCAAAUACCCAGAACAAAUUCUGUACCUUCCUUUUGGUGCAAAAUAUGCAAGGUGGAUUGUGUCACUGAAUUCAAUUUCGGCGCCCAUAUUGGAGGGAAAAAGCACAAACUUAAGAAGCAACUGAUUCUUGGUAAUAUGAACACUGGAAGACCUGGCACUGGCAGUCAGUUUGCGGGUAACACAAACCGUGGACCAAGUGAGAAUGCAGUUUCUGGAAGUAGAAAUGAUGAACCAAAUGCAGGUAGCAGCAGUAUUGCUGGACCAAGCAGCAGCGUGUCCUCUGGAAGCAGACCCAGCGAAGCAAACCCCUGAAGCAUUAAACUAGGUAAUCAGCCUUGUUAGGUACUGUGGAAGGCGGGUUCCAAGCACAAGCAGUUCUCAAGGUCAUGGAAGCUGUGCAAGAGUUUGCAGUUAACAUCAAAGAACUAGGCUGUGUAGGCUGUCCUCGAAUGAGCACAGUUGACUUUGACGAGCACGCAUCUCUCAUUGAACUUGUGCAUGAGAACACAUAUUGGGCAAUUGCACAGGUUGAGAUGGCCAAGGAGUCUGUGUCUCUCAUCAAGACUUGGCGACGUUUACAAGGUUCCGCAAGAAUUAAAGCAUCAUGAUACAGAUCUUUCUUCAUAAAUACCAUGUUUUAUGCUUGUAACUGUCACAUACUCAAAUGGUUGAUUGAUUAGAUCUUGAGUUUGAUAUUGUCGAUGAAUUUCAUGUGCUGGAAAAGAUGGAUCUUGUUCUCAUAUGUGAAGGCAAUCUUCUGUUAUCCAUUCC